ACAAAGCACCCUACAAUCCCCAACGACGACCCAUUUUACAAGUAUGCUGGGUGCUGGUCCGAGGCCUUUUCAUAUCCGCCGGAUUUCUCCCACACGCUUGCCAACGGUGCCAACAUGAUAGCACGAAACGCCUUGACGGUACCGAUGUGCCUGAACUUCUGCUACACGGCCCGGCGGCUCAACGGGAGCAGCCGCGGGUUCCGGUACGCGGGGGUAGAGUGGUCGCACGAGUGCUGGUGCUCGGACGAGCUGUCGCACAGCAGCAUCAGCCUGGCGGACUCGGCGUGUCAGCACCCGUGCGAGGGCGACAACCGCACCGCGUGCGGCGGGCCGCUCGCGCUCUCGGUCUACAACCUCACCCAGAACACGCCGCAGGAGCCAUCGGACCCCAAGAAUAGCACCCACAGCGGCGAUGGCAAAGGCAGCAAAGGCAGUCAAGGCGGCAAGGGCCCCGACUUUUCCUCCGAUGCCGUCCUCCAGGGCAUCAACACCUUCCUCCUCCUGCUGAACCUUAUCUUCAUAACCCUCUUCUGGUGUCUAUAGGUCAGGCGAACCUAGACGGAAGAGGGGGCGGCGAAAGGGGGGGAUGCACCUCACGGAGCACUUCCCCUUUCCUUUUCCUUCUAAGAGUUAGUGUCUUUCUUUCUGUCUCUACGUACUCCUUCACCACCGUGACGGAGGCGCGGGGGCGCCGGCGGCUACAGCGUGUUCUUCCUCUCUCUUCCCUCCUUUCUCUCUGGGCGUACGGGCUGUGGAGGGGAGUUUGACAAUGGGAUAGACGUGCACGCGCGCAGACGGAGAGGGGCUGGACACGUUUCACGGGAGGGAGG